AUGUUGCUGGGUACAGAAACGUUCUUCAGUCUUCUAUCUGUAGGACAAAUCAAUCUUGGAUCUAAUUUACCAAUCUUGCAAAAAACACUCUUAGGCUGGAUUGUUUCGGGACGCUAUAAGAAGGGCAGUAACAGCUUAUCCAAACCAUCUUGUUUAUUUUUAGCCAAUGAAUCUUUAGAUGCCAAAUUGGAAAAGUUGUGGAGAUUGGAAGAAAUCACUAUCAUACUAGAGCCUUGGACUCGUGAACAACAGAGUUGCGAUCACAUACAUAAUUCAACUGUGUCAAGAAGACCUAGCGGCAGAAUAGUUGUCAAAUUACCUUUCAAGGAUGAUCCGACAUGUUUGGGCGAGUCAUAUACUACGGCAUUGAGACGAUUUACUGCACAAGAACGUCGAUUAGCCAAAUCACCACAAUUGAAAGCACACUACGUUGAAUUUAUGAGCGACUACGAGAGUUUGGGUCAUAUGAGCGUUGUAAAAAAUCCAAAUUUUAGCGAACCGCAUUAUUAUAUGCCACAUCAUUCUGUGCUAAAACCAACAAGUUUCAAAGGACCACCCAUUCUGGUCAUAUCUGAGCUAGGCGUGGAGUCGCCAUCCUAUAAGCCGAUAAUAAAGUAA